AUGAUGGCUGGCUCAAAGGCAGCCCUGAGCGCUCAUCGAUGGUCCCACCUGCGAUACCCCUGGUCAACGAAGGUCAUCAUCAAGUAUGCCGCGACUGGUCACACCACCUCGCUAAGGGUACCUGAUUUGAACCUCCCCAAGGCAGUUGCUAAUUUGUCUUCAAACCCGCUCCAAUGCGCGGUUUACGAUCCGACAUUGCUUUCACGUAUCUUCGCAAGCCGCCUAAAAGGCAUACGCACGCAAGCGUUUGAUGACCUGCUCCAGGGGCGUCUACUCGACGCUUACCUUCGCGACAUCUCAGAUCUAACCUCAACUGUUGUGCAGAAGGAAGCUCAGGGGGAGACCUUCUAUGACGGUUUCAUCAUGACGUACGUCGUGCAGGCUGUACGAGCUCUCGGCAACCUCAACGACACUACCAGUAUCACGAAAAGUGCCCCUGUUCAUUAUCUUUCUCAAAAAGGUGACGGAGAUUAUGUUUUGUGUUAGGACAACAAGACGAUCGUCACGGUCUCGACGGAAUUCAAGACGGGUUACAACUUGCGACGUUUCAUGACCCAAGAUCGUCAAAUCAAGGGACGUAUCUGGCCUGCACCACUGCGCUCGAAAAUCAUCGACAUCCGCCUCGUAGGCCAGUCCCGUCACCUCGUCCAAUUAGAAGGGGCUGCAGCCAUCUUCGCCAAGGUGAGCUUCACUCACAAAAACCCUACUCUGCGGGUUCCGGACAAGCUACCCCUACUAUGUAUACGUGACCGACUCGUAACCACCUGAAUUUGUGUUAUGGUGUUUUAACAGUUAGCCCUACAGGUGCUCCGUGCCAAAGGACGUUUCGGAAUCAUCUUUGCUGCACCUUGGAUGGUGGUCGUAGAGCUGGGUGAGUCAAAAGUAGCAGAUUCUACGAGGAGCCAUCACGCGACUAUGGUACUGCUUAUGUCCUCACACUUUCAAGGUGUAGUGGCUGAUCUCGUGCUGUAUCGCUCUGCGGUCAGUCGUGGAAGAUGGUCCACAUUAUCUCCUUAUCAGCAAGCUCAUCAAGGUACUGCCUGGGCUGAACGAUGGUAAACCCGAGGGCGGCAUCAACAAGGCCGACGUCUACCCAUCGGAUGAUAACAACGACAUGCUGCAACUACUGGUCGCCUUGUUCCUCUCAAAUUCGAAGGGCUUCAAGGUCGAGAACCCUUCCAAAGCGACUCGACGCUCGCUACGAGCCGCCCGAAUCGAGAUGGCAACGAAUGGCACGGGUGGCCCUAAGACAUGUCCCACAACCUCCGCCGAAAAACAAAAAGGUCGCGGCAAAUCAGCACCGGCCAAGUCCGGACUGAGCGCAAGCUCGGAGGCCAUCUGGUCUUCGCAAGACGUUCUUCACGUUCUUCAGACCGCCAAAGCCGCUAUCUCGAAUGACACGAUCGAAUGCGAAAGCAGGCGCUCAAACGAGACCUCCUGGUCUGAGCAAGACCUCCAUGACGAAAUCGCACACGCCUUCAACGUCAUCAAGGUCCUCGGGCGCGACAGUCAAGGCAAUAGAGGCCGAAAACCCAUGGCACCUCUCGAUUCGUCUUCCGCCACCGAAUCGUCAGGCGAAGGAAACAGUGACACCAUCGAGUCGUCGAGCGAAGAGGAUCAUGACCUCACCGACUCGUCCAGCCCAGCACGCAGCGAGUCACAGGAAGACCCUGGCCACAGCAAGAAGAAGGUUUGA